GAGUCUUUCCUUUUUGCCGCUCUAGGCCAAGCGGAAUGCUCUAUGGUCUUGCAUCCCGGAAGCGCCAACGGAGCAAGGGGACGAGGAGGUGUGUGUGCGACGUGUGCCUUCUGAGCCGGGUUCGGCAGAGCAGCUCUGCAAACAGACCCCGCGCCUGGACGCACGCGGCCCCCCGCCCGCUGCCCCCCCCCGGCACCGCACACUCCCCCCCCCCCGCCCUCAAGCCAGUGCUGUCGUCCCCCCAACCCCACAUCACAGUCCAGGGAUGGCUUCCACUCCCGCCUCCGGUUCUAACUGGGGCCUGAUCAUGAACAUCGUGAACAGCAUCGUGGGGGUCAGCGUGCUAACUAUGCCCUUCUGCUUUCGACAGUGUGGCAUCUUUCUGGGAGCCCUGCUGCUUAUUUUCUGCUCCUGGAUGACUCAUCAAUCCUGUAUGUUCCUCGUGAAAUCAGCCAAUCUCAGCAAACGCAGGACCUAUCCUGGACUAGCCUUCCAUGCCUAUGGAAAAGCUGGAAAAAUGCUGGUGGAAACCAGUAUGAUUGGACUGAUGCUAGGAACCUGCAUUGCUUUCUAUGUUGUCAUUGGAGACUUGGGAUCAAACUUCUUUGCCCCAUUGUUUGGACUCCAGGUGAAUGGCUGGUUCCGGAUAGUCCUGCUCUUUAUCGUCUCCCUCUGCAUUGUGCUUCCACUGAGUCUUCAGAGAAACAUGAUGGCUUCCAUACAGUCCUUCAGUGCCAUGGCUCUGAUCUUUUACACUGUGUUUAUGUUUGUGAUCGUGCUCUCUGCUUUAAAACAUGGCCUUUUUGGUGGGCAGUGGCUGCAGCAGGUCAGUUACGCACGCUGGGAGGGCAUUUUUCGCUGCAUUCCUAUCUUUGGCAUGUCUUUUGCCUGUCAGUCCCAGGUCUUGCCAACCUAUGACAGUCUGGAUGAGCCAUCUGUGAAAAUCAUGAGUUCCAUAUUUGCCUCGUCACUAAAUGUGGUCACCACUUUUUAUGUUAUGGUGGGGUUCUUUGGCUAUGUGAGCUACACUGAAGCCAUUGCUGGAAAUGUACUCAUGAAUUUUCCAUCCAAUGUGGUGACGGAGAUGAUAAGGGUGGGGUUCAUGAUGUCCGUAGCAGUGGGGUUUCCUAUGAUGAUUCUGCCAUGCCGGCAGGCACUGAAUACCCUUCUCUUUGAGCAGCAGCAAAAAGAUGGGACAUUUGCUGCAGGUGGUUAUAUGCCACCUCUCCGGUUUAAAGCCUUGACGCUGGCAGUUGUGUUUGGAACCAUGCUUGGAGGCAUCAUGAUCCCAAAUGUGGAGACCAUCUUGGGCCUUACAGGUGCAACAAUGGGAAGUCUCAUCUGUUUUAUCUGUCCAGCUCUUAUUUACAAGAAAAUCCACAAGAAUGCCCUUUGCUCGCAGAUCAUACUGUGGAUUGGUUUGGGAGUAUUGGUCAUUAGCACCUACACCACCUUGUCAGCAACUGAAGACAUUCCAGCAAAAAUAGACGCUGUGGAACCAGGCAAACUGCCAGGAGAAAUAAAGGAAGUACUGGAUCAGGACAAUGUCAAAAUCUUAGACCAGAACCCGGCGGUGGAAAAGAUGGCUGAUAACCGUGACAAGCCCAAAGAGCAGAAUGAGAAAGAAGAGGAGGAACAGCCACAGAUCAAGGUUCCCAUGGAUGUGCCCAAGAGAGAUGAGAAGGAGAAACCAAAGGAGGAGGUUCAACUGGACCGGCCUGACCAAGGCAUAGCUCUGCCUAUAGGAGAAGCCCACCGCCACGAGCCCCCAGUGCCACAUGACAAGGUGGUGGUGGAUGAGGGUCAGGACCACGAGGAGCCUGAAGAUAAACAGCCACCAGACAACAAGGAUGCCCUUGUGAAAGGGAACCCUCUGUUGGAGGGAGAACAGGAACAGCCUAAGCCUGUUCCUGAACAGGCAAAGCGAAAUGAUGCCCAAGAAAAGCUGGAGGAUCAUCCCAUAAAAGAUGUAAAGCCUGCACCAGAGGUGGUGGCACAGAAGGAUGAACGUCCUCCUUACAAAGAUCUGGAGCUGGACAAGCAGGGCGAGAAGAGAGAGAAGGCUGUAGAUGUGAAGGACGGUGCCAAUCUACAGCAAGAGGAACACUUUAACGAAGGGGUAAAAUCUAUUGAGAAGGAGAAUGAAGCAGGUGAAAAAGAGGUGCCGCUUCCGCCAGAGAAGCCAGGGCCAGCCCAAGCUGAGCAGAGAGAGAUCCGUGAUGCAGGAGAGAAUGCCGACAGCAAGCUGAAGGAAGCUAGGAAGGAGAAGCUACUAGACCAUGCAGUCCUAUUGCAAGUAAUUAAGGAACAGCAGGUUCAGCAGAAGCAGCUCCUAGACCAGCAGGCAAAGCUGUUGGCAGUGAUUGAGGAACAGCACAAGGAGAUCCACCAACAGAGGCAAGAAGAGGGAGAUGAAAAGCCAAAGCAAGAUAUACAUCAGGAACCUAGCCUGCCUAUCUCCAAGAGCAAGGAAAAAGAGGAAGGCACUGAAAGUAAACUUGAAGAUGCUGCAAAUAAUAUGCCUAAAGCCCGACGAGAUCAUCCUGUGCAUGGGCUUGACAACCAACCCUUGGACUCUGGAGGACAAGGAAGGCAGCAGGGUGUAGGUCCAGAAGAAGGACUGAAGCAUAUACAGAGCAAAUUAACCGGAAGUCCACUUAAAAACCCGUCUGCUUAUCUAAAUGAUGAUAAGAAAAAUGCACAGCACCAAGUUGAGAAAAACACAGCUGAGAAGUUAGCAGAACCAGUCAGAAGUCAUUUGCAGCUAGUAAGGGCUGAUGAACACCACCAGGAUAAGGAACCAAAGAUUGAGGGGUUGAAAGGAGUUCAGGGUGCCCAAGAAAAGAUCAAGAAUGCUCAGAAAAUAGAUGAGAUUGUGGAAAGGGCAGCAGGCCAAAGAGAGAUGCUGGUGGCAGCCAAAGUCCAUGGAGUAGCUGAGAGGAUUCCUCAGAAAGACUCUGAGAGAGAGCCCCUUGCCCAGGAAGUGGAGAAAGAGGAGCACCAUGAUCAAGUACAGCAAGCAGAUUCUGCACAUCAACCAAAGGUUGCUGAAAACAUGCAACAGAACCAGGAGGUCCAAGGAGCUGUGAAAGCUGACAAAGCUGGAGGGAAACAGCCCUUACCUUUGGACCAAGUUAAUAGAGUACAAGGGACCAAUAGUAAAGAGAGGGUGGCACCUGGAGUGCAUAGUCCCCAGAUAAAUCAUGCCAAUGAGCCAGGGAUGGAUUCUGAGAGAGAGCCCAAGGAGCCAGGAAAGUUGCGUGAUUCAAAGAGUGACACUUUCUUAGAUCCAGGAAAGGUGGUGAUUGCCCCCAGGGACUAUGAAAAUGCCAAACCUAACAGAGACCUCAAGCUGCAAGCUGACGUGGACCUGCGCCGCAGGAGGCGAGAUCUGGAGGAGGAAGAAAGAGAGGAGACAGAGGGUGUGAUAAUUGGACUUAACCCCCUCCCAGACGUGAAAGUCAAUGAUCUCCGCAGUGCACUGGAGACAAGAUUACAUCAGGCAGCAGAAGGUGCUCAUCAAGCACUUCACAGUCGACAGAUCAAACAGAUUCCAGUGGCAGAGGAAGAAGUGUGAGAGCGCAAACUUUUGCACUGUUGAGACCAGAUGUAGGAGGCUGUCAGCCAUUUUAGGGUGUUGUGACUGGUGAUGGUCUGCAUCAGCUCAGCAGGAUCUAUCUGAACUGAGCUCUGACAACUGGGUAGAUGUUGACCUGCGUAUGCUCCAGAGGGAAGGGGGAGUUCCACUGCUGCCAGCCCCUUUCAUACUUCUUCAGUACUGCAACAGCUUGUCUCUUUUCAUUAUGCUAGUGGCUAUCCUGCAAAAACCAGGUUCAUCCACCCUCUGGGUUUUGAAGAGUGUGCUGUGCUUGCCACCUUUCCAAAGACACAUUUGCAUUUGAUUCUUGCCUUUAACCAUCUGCUUUAAUUUCUGUGUUUGGAACGAGAGCUAAUUUUCAUGCUGGUCAUUUGAUCUUGUUGGAAGUUGUCCCUCUCUGUUUGUGUGUUUUCAUCCCUUAAAUUAAUCUUGGAUUCCUCUGUCUACUCUUUGGGGACCAGGUUUGCUUGCCUCUGGAAAUAGUAUCAAGAAAGUGAAUGUUCUGUGUAAGUGUCUCAACUGGGAAGAUAUUUCAUCAGUCUCAUGGGUCCAGGAAUAAAUUCUUAGGAAAUCAGAACUAGUUCAUAUUGGAGCAGCCUUAAGUAGACUCUUAAGCCACUGUUUUGAUGUUUCUUCAGCCAGGAGUCCACUUUAUUAGCAAUAAUAAGCAAGUCACCCAUCCUUUCUUUGUUUCUCUUGGCUAUCAGGGCUAAGAUUUGUGUGUUUAAAACACCCACAUCCCAAGUGCAUUAUCAGACUUCUUCAUACUGUGCAUGAAAACUCUGCAAGUCACUUGCUGCAAGAGGAAGCAUUUUUAGAAAGUGAAAUGAAGGGAUAUCAAGGAGGCAUUAUCAAAGUGGGCCAGCUUGCAUCUACCUCUUUCCUCCAUUUGGUAAGUGCAUGCAGUGUUGUUUAAAGCUUCCAGCCCCACCCCUAGUUCUUCAGUUGUGCCCAUGAAAUCUAGUAGUGCUGAUCCUAGACUCAUAGCUCCUUCACUUCAACAGAGCUGGUUUGUUUCAGGUCUCAUGGUGGGGAUUGUGACGUUUGCUGUUUAACAAACAAUAUGGCAAAACAGAGGAGUUUUUGACUCUUGAAUGUACCCAACAGCCCUAAAAGUAUCUGCCCAUUUAAUUUAACUGUGAGCCUCCAGGCUUCAUUGCUGAUGGAACUUGGCACUAAGAAAGCAUUUUGUUAUAAACAAGGAAAAUGCUUGAGUCUGUAAACUAGCCUCUUAUCUCAUAUCAGUCUAUUUCCUAGAACAGUCAUGGGUUCAGGAGGCAGAAAUGCCAGUGAUGACAUUGCCUCUAAGGCAAUAGCCUUAGAUGCUCCUGCAUUGCUUAUCUUGACAAAUGAUGUUGAGCUGGGGUUCCAUCUUUGCCAUGUCCUGUCUGUGAAAUGUGUUCUGUGUAUCUCCAUUACAGGAGACAGAGAAAUGUGGCUGGUUCCACGCCUACUUUUGAGGGCCGUUUGCCUUGUUGUAAACAUGAUUGUCAUUUAUAGCCUUAAUUUUCAGGAGUCUCAUUUGAGUGAUGCUGCUCAAAGCACAAUUAACCCACCACUGGGAUUAUCACUUCAGCUUUGUUUUUAAGUGGGUGAUAUGUAAAUGUGAUCUCUUUAUGUAGUGUGCGUAUUUUUGUAAAUACCAGAAAAGUUGCUUUAAUCCAAAGGACAUUGGGGGGUGUCCGCUGAAUGUCCUGUCAGACCAAGAGCAAUGUCACCAUGCGCUGCACCUGCUCUGUGACCCAAGGACCAAAGAUGCUUCUGACAUUCCUCCCUAGAACAACUGGAUUUUAAACCAGCCAUCUCCAGGCAAUUAUGGGGAAGGAGCUGGAGGGAAAUGAGACAAUGGACUUCAGCUGGAAUUCCUCCUGUGAUGCCAUAGCACAAUUUCCAAUUUCCAAUGUUUUACAGUGACAAAUAGCUGGAGAUAUGGCCAGACUGCACAAACCAAUAAAGUAAGUUCAAGCAUU